AUGCAAAUCUUUGUCAAGACCCUCACGGGCAAGACCAUCACAUUGGAUGUCGAACCCUCUGACACUAUCGAUAAUGUUAAGACCAAGAUCCAAGACAAGGAAGGAAUCCCUCCUGAUCAGCAACGUCUUAUCUUCGCCGGAAAGCAAUUGGAAGAUGGCCGCACUCUUUCCGAUUACAACAUCCAAAAGGAGUCCACCCUUCACUUGGUCCUCCGUUUGAGAGGUGGAGGUAAGAAGCGCAAAAAGAAGGUCUACUCCAAGCCAAAGAAGGUGAAGCGCGUCCACAAGGCCAUUCCUCUUCAAUCACUCAAGUACUACAGAGUCGAAGCAGACGGAAAGGUCACCCGCUUGAGGAAAUACAGUCCCGUUGCCGGAAUUGGCUGCUUCAUGGCCCAACACCACGAUCGUUAUUACUGCGGAAAGUCCGGAACCACUUUCUUGUAUGAUGAUAUGAAGGAAUAA